ACCAUUCUCAAGGCUUUGGAGGCCGUUACGGGGUGCAGAAAGACAGAGUGGACAAGAGCGCUGCUGGUUUUGGUGAAAUGGAAGCUCCCAUUUCUUCAUAUCAGAAGACAAAACCUGUAGAAGCUGCUUCUGCUGGGAUGGGGAACUUGAGGCAACGUUUUGAAAACAUGGCCAAGACUGCAGAGGAAGAGAACAAGAAGAAGGCAGAGGAGGAACGGACUCGUCGCCAAGCCCGAGAACUUCAGGAAACCCAACAAAAGUCAAAGGACAUGAAGAAGAGCGAAGAGAGAGAUCGAAGCCCUCCGCCGGUGCCUGGACAGAUGCCCCGAAAGGGCAACCUGCCCCCUCUGCCUCCCCAACACCAGGUAGGGAGACCGAAUGAAUGA